UUCUUGGUGCUAGGGCAUGGUGUUUUUCGGGGGAUGGAUCCAUCAGCGUCAGGAAUCUCUUUGUGCGCACAGCUGGAUGUGCUUGUUAUUCAGCUCAUUUGGAAGCGAUCACUCUGCUUUUGAGCUAAGCAUCGACAAUGUAUGAGCCAGGGAGUUGCCUGGCGCGAGGAGCGAAGGAUUUAUUCCUCUCUCAAGCUGAGUAGUGCUGGUAAUCGAGGUGGUUUCCUCGGGAAGGAUUGAUUCGAGUCUUCCCAGCAUGGUUCUAUCUUUGCUUGGAUCAGACAGCUUCAAACAGGGAGAGAGAGAGCCUCUGCUACAGUCUGCUUCAUCGUCAUCUCAGAGUGCCUCGAUCUGGAGCACACUAACGUUUUCAUGGGUGAAUCCUCUCAUGAAUGCUGGUUCUGGCAAGCAACUUUGCCAAGACGAUUUAUUUCCAUUGCCCGGGGACCUCGAUCCAGAAGUAUGCCGCGAUCGACUGUGGGAAGCUUGUUUAGAAUCAGAAAACAAGUCGCUGUUCUGGGCGAUCUUCCGGUCUUAUGGAUGGAGUUUUUUCUUCAUCGGACUGUUGAAGGUUGUCAAUGACUGCCUCAGUUUCUCGGGCCCAUUGUUUCUCAAUGCAAUAAUGAAGUAUCUGCAAUCUGGUAAACAUACCAGCCAUGGACGUGGCUAUUGGUAUGCUUGUGGAAUCGGAGGUAUUUCGCUGUUGAGAGGAUUUAUGGGAACACACUACAGUUUUCUAGUAGCAAGGCUGAGGCUAAAGUUAAAGGCAGGAUUAACAACAAUUGUCUAUCGCAAGGCUUUGAGCAUACGUGUUGCUCAGCGCAACUCUUUUUCCACUGGAGAAAUCCAAACGCUGAUGUCUGUAGAUGCCGACAGGACGAUUAAUCUCUUUUCAAGUGUGCAUGACUUGUGGAGUCUUCCAUUGCAGAUAGUUGUGGCCUUGUGUAUGCUUUACAUGCAAGUCAAGUACUCCUUUUUAGCGGGGUUUGCCGUGGUUAUCCUUCUCAUACCGGUGAACCGAUGGAUAGCUGUGAAAAUUGGUGAAGCAAACACUUUUAUGAUGGCUCAGAAAGACGAGAGGAUCCGGAGAACAAGUGAGCUUUUGACUCACAUUUGGACUGUGAAGAUGUAUGCCUGGGAAACGUUUUUUGGUCAUAAAAUCAGGACAGUCAGAAACGAGGAAAUGAGGCACUUGUCCACGCGUAAAUACUUGGAUGCUUUAUGCGUUUAUUUCUGGGCGUGCACACCGACUUUAUUCUCGGUCCUUACGUUUGGAUUGUUUACGUUCCUAGGACAUACUCUGGAUGCAGCCACGGUGUUCACCAGCCUUGCUCUUUUCAACAUUUUAAUUUCUCCACUGAACUCUUUUCCAUGGGUUAUUACUGGAAUCGUAGAGGCAUGGGUGUCUAUUCAGAGGCUGCAACGUUUUUUGAGCUCUCCCGAUUCCUCACAAACUUUUUCUCGAACCACGCCUGAGAUGGACAGCAAUACGGCCUUAAAGGUGUCUGAGAUGGACUUUAGCUGGUCUGCUUCCUCUUCUUUGCCGACUCUGAAAAGGAUCUCACUCGAUAUUCCAAAAGGAUCACUGGUGGUCGUUCUCGGCCAAGUGGGAUCUGGGAAGAGUUCCCUUCUUCACGCAAUCUUAAACGAGAUGAAUUGUGAACAAGAUUCUGUCUAUGUCUCGGGUUCUACUGCAUUUGUUUCACAGACCCCUUGGAUAAGAUCUGGAUCUCUGCGGGAAAAUAUUCUUUUUGGACGGCUCUAUGUCGAAGACAGAUACGAUCAGGUUGUAAGAGCGUGCUCUCUUGAUUUUGACGUGGAACUCAUGCACAAGAAAGAUUUGAGUGAGAUAGGCGAACGAGGAUGCAAUCUAUCCGGUGGACAAAAGGCUCGCUUGGCACUUGCAAGGGCGAUUUAUCAAGAUUGUGACAUCUACUUGCUUGACGAUCCGCUCAGCGCUGUCGAUCCACAUGUAGCUGCCUGGCUUAUGCAUCACGCGAUUCAAGGGCCUUUGUUACGCGACAAGACUCGAGUUUUAUGCACACACCAUCACCAGGCAGCAUCGCUUGCUGACAUUGUAGUUCUCGUGGAAAACGGGCAUGCAAAAUGCAUUACAAGUGCACCGUGCAAGCACUUAAACUCCGAUAAUAACCAGUCAGAGAUUGAGGUUGAUACAGAGCCAACGCCAUAUGAGGAUCGUACAUUUUGUGGCAAUGAUCGAGAAGCGAAAUCUUUCUCUCUGGUGGAAGAAGAAGCUCGAGAUUAUGGACGAGUAAAGGCAACUGUUUACAGGACUUAUGCGGUUUUUACUGGCUGUUCCAUCGUAGCAGUGACAGUUGCUAGUACAAGCUUGAUGCAGGCAACAAAGAAUGGAAACGACUGGUGGCUGGCUCACUGGGUUGACAAAACUUCAAGCAGUGAUCACCAUCAUUCUGUGAAGUUUUACUUGAAUAUUCUUUUUGUUAUAGGUGGUCUCAAUUCCUUAUUCACUCUGCUGCGGGCAUUUUCAUUCGCAUGCGGAGGUUUACGUGCAGCAUUCCAAGUGCAUGAAACUCUGCUAAACAAUAUCCUUAGAGCGUCGAUUUUGUUUUUCGAGAAGAACCCCGUUGGACGCAUCCUUAACAGGUUUUCUUCGGAUUUGUAUACAAUUGAUGAUUCCCUUCCUUUCAUUGCGAAUAUAUUACUUGCGCAUUGCUUCAGCCUUCUGGGAAUUCUAAUUGUUCUCUGCCUUGUCCAAUGGGAAAUCGUGGUGCUUCUUAUACCUCUUGGUCUUAUUUAUUUCAGGAUUCAGAGAUUCUACCGAGAAACGUCUCGUGAGCUGCGGCGGCUUGAUAGCGUGUCCCGGUCCCCAAUAUAUGCGUCAUUCAGUGAAGCUCUAGACGGUGCCUCGACCAUCCGAGCAUUUCAACGACAGGAUAUGUUCUUGGCACAAAACGUUGCUUUUGUCGAAGCGAAUCAGCGGGCGUCUUUCUCUGAAAUCGCAGCAAGCUUGUGGCUGUCCAUUCGGCUCCAGAUAAUGGCAGCGUUUCUAGUCUUUUUCGUGAGCAUGAUGGCUGUUCUGAGCCGUGACAGAGAUUCACUUAUCAACUCAACGACUGCUGGUUUGAUUGGUUUGGCAUUGUCAUACGCUGCGCCAGUUAUUUCCCUUCUCAGCAAUCUUCUCACUGCAUUUUCCGAGACCGAGAAAGAGAUGGUGUCCGUUGAGCGUGUGCAACAGUAUCUAAUGAUCGACAUAGAAGUUCCAGAAAAGGGUGACAAACAAGAACUAGAAGAUGGCCAUCUUCCCGAGAACUGGCCAGAGAAUGGAGAAGUGGAGUUUGAAAACGUAAAGCUCGUGUAUCGUCCUGAAUUACCUCCCGCCCUGAUUGACAUCUCCUUCAAAAUCGCUGCAGGAGAGAAGGUAGGCAUCGCAGGAAGAACAGGUGCAGGAAAAUCCAGCAUCCUUUGUGCGCUCUUUCGACUGAGGCCUAUAAGUUUUGGCCGAAUCAUGAUCGAUGGCUUUGAUAUCUCAAAACUCAGCCUCCAUCGACUCCGAGAAAGCCUCUCGGUCGUUCCUCAAAGUCCUUUCCUGUUUGAAGGAACGGUGAGGGAGAACUUGGAUCCAACAGGACAGGCCAGCGAUUGCGUGCUCUGGGAGAUGAUAGCAAAGUGCCACCUUAAGCCUGCAGUGGAGUCCGCGGGACUGGAUACUCAAGUACGAGAAUGUGGCGAGAGCUUCUCUGUAGGCCAGCGACAACUUCUCUGCCUUGCUCGUUCGCUUCUCAAGCGCUCUCGCAUCUUAUGCUUGGACGAAUGCACGGCAAAUGUGGAUCCGGAGACAACCCGCCUUUUAAAGAGAGCCAUCGCGCACGAAUGCCAAGACGUUACGGUGGUCACGAUUGCCCAUCGCCUUUCAACUAUCUCUGAUCUCCAGAGAGUUCUCGUCCUGGACCAAGGCCGACUGGUAGAACAAGGUGAUCCACAGGCGCUCUUGCGUGACAAAGGAUCAAAGUUUAGCUCUUUGGCUGAAGCCGUAAAAUGAGGUUCGUCUUCAUUUACAAGUUUUCGAUUUGGAGUUGACGCCCGCGAGGGUCUUUUUAUUGGGAUAUAGCUUCAAUA